CCACUGAGCAAGGCCAGGGAUCAAACCCAAAACCUCAUGGUUCCUAGUUGGAUUUGUUAACCACUGAGCCAUGACAGGAACUCCCAAACCCUUAAUGGUCUUAUUUGGGACAAUUCGCUGCCAUUCGAAAUUUGAGUACCAGGUGGUUUGAGGCAGCGACUCCAGGAGGGCAGGGCAUCACCUACCUUAUCCACUGUGCCACCUCCUGCACCUCGAGUGUGAUUGUCACAUAGUGGGUGUUCAGUGCGGAUUUCCAAUUGAUGGAGUCGGUGACGCUUUCUUCUCCUGCAUUCUAGAGGAAGUGAAACAUUUGGUCUUAAGUCAGAGAAGACUGUCAGAACAGAGCAUUCACAUCAAAGAGGAGCUGCACCAGGAGCGCACACCAGGGAAACCAGAAAAGGCAAUAAAAAGCUUGAAGACUUUGCAGGCAGAAACAGAAAUGCUUCCCAGGAGUACCGAGGACUAUGAGAAGUUACUCAGGAUGGAAGAUCUGGCCACAGGGCGGUGGGGUGCUUCAAAACCAGUGAUGUCUUCGGGAGGGGCAACCAUGUCGGAGAUGAGGCAGUUAAUCGAGAAGCCAUCACAUAGCAGCGUAACAAACUUGUUAGAAAAGCAAAAAUUUCAAAUUAAACAGAAAGAAUCAAAUGGGCAGAGGAAAAGCCAGAGGAGAAGGAAAAAGUCUCGACUGGAGGAGGAGACGGACUCCAACCUGGCAGGCCUGGGGAGGCAGAGCCCCAUCUCCAUCCAGCUGGCCAUGAUGCCGCUCCUUGCAGGAUGGCAAACUGUUGUGAGUCAUGGCCACAGGAGGUCUGCCAACAUCUUGGACUGUUUUUUGACCUUCAAAACAGAAGUUCCUCUUAUGACUGAAGAGCAAAAGCAGGAGUUGAACCCUUUGACCAUAAAGAUCAAGUGCGUCUCCUGCCUUCCUUCACAGCCUGUGUCCAUCCCUGAACUAGAGCGGCUGUGCAUGCCUGUGUACUGCCGGUACCAGUUCCACGAGACUCCAGUGCACAGGACCGAGGGCCAGCCCCACGGCACCCGUGUCUACUUCCAGGAUGUCAAUGUCAUUUUCCUGGGGGCGAUGCACCCCAGUGACCUGCGGGAAUACCUGGAAGGCCCCCCCAUGGUGGUGGAAGUUCAUGACCGUGACCGCAAGUCGGAGGGGUAUUCCCGCAAGCCCACCCUGUUUGGGGAGGACCCCCUGGACUCAUACCUCAACCUCCAGGCCCUCAUCUCCCCCAAAGAGACAGAGAACAACCCCUUUGAGUACCGGGAGAAGACGUGGGACCCUUAUGGGGUCGCCCAGGUCAGCUUUGCUGACCUCCUCCUUGGCCACAAAUUCUUGAACCUGGCCGUCCCCGUCCACAGCUGCGAGCCCAAGGCCACAGCCGUUGGCCAGCACUGCAGGAGCAGGAAGGUGGUGGGGUCCCAGGUCCCCAAGGGUGGCCUCCAGUGUGGCCCGAUGCCCACUGGCAACUACCUGGAGGCCAGCACCCUGCUGAAGCUGCGGGUGGACGUGGCAGUGCCACUGCGGGCUAGGCCUGAGGCCCCCGAACCCCCAGCUGCCCAGUUUGGCCGCAUCAUCUUUGUGUUCGACUCCAGGAAGAUCACCCUCCUGCUCAGCCUCCUGCAGGACGUCACCAUGAUCAACGCCAGGGCCCUGGACCUGGAUGUCUACCCACUGGAGGACAUGCAGCAGAUCCUGUCCGCCUUUAAGAUGCGGGUGAAGAUCCAGGAGAGGCAGGACCUGGACGUGCUCACUGGCUUCCACCUGCUGGACGGGAGGGUCCACCUCCUCAUCCUAGAGGGCCUGGCCGAGCAAGGCUUGAAGCAGCUGUGGGAGGGCCACCAGAGUCGGGUCCCCCAGGCGGAGCAGGGCGGGUACAAGGUGCUCUACAACUCAGAGCUGCGCUUCCGCAGCCGCCUCUACGCGGACCUGGAGACUGUCCUGUACCACGUGCGCCUGUUCCAGCCACUGGCACAGCUGGUGAAGCACGCGGUGCUCUAUGUGCGCAACAGAGUGCCACAGCCUGUCUUCCAGGCACUGAACAGGAUCUACUGCAUCUGCCAGUACAGCGCCAGGCUCAGGGAUGUGGUCACCGGAGACCUGCUGCCCUCCUCAGCCAUGAUCAAGGAGUUGAGCCAGGAGUUUGGGAUACCCAUUUCCCAGGAAGAUCUCACAGAGGGGAAACUGCUGGCUGUGUCCCCACCUCCUGCCCCCAACCUUGACUUCUGGAGCCGGAAAUCCACCCUCACCUCUGAGAUCCAGGUGCACCAGGAGAAGUACCUGCAGUGGCGGAACACCAUGAUCCUAAAGAGCAAAGAGCAGAAGCGCAGCCUGAUCCAGAAAAACAUCACAGGGGCCUACCAGGUCAUCAAGAAGCCCCCCAAAUCAGUGGUGAAGGUGAUUAGGAUCACAGCCCCUGCCAAAGAUGCUGUCUAUAACUACAGCAUCCAAACCCUGAAUUCUGCAGAGCUUGCCAAGAAGGAGCUGUAUCGAGAGAUGGGCAAGGAGCCGAGGAAGAGAUUCACAUACUCCCAGAACUACCUCUCAGCCAUGGUGGAGCCUCAGGAUACAGAGGAAGAGAAGAGAAAAGCCAUGAGGAAAUCCCGCCAGGCCUGGCUCACACCGAAUGGAUUCCAAGUGGUGGGUCUUCACAGCAUGGAAUGGACCCCUCACCUGGGGCUGCUGCCGCCCAUUGAUGCCACCACAGAGGAGUGGAGGGAAAAGGCACUGUUUGCUAAUGUGCUGGAGCCAGUGCUGCAUCGAGAGAGGUGGUGCUGGGACCGCCGCCACCAGGACUUCGACCUGUACACACAGCCACCACCUUUCCUGGAGCUGCCCCCACCUCCGAAGCCCAGAACAGGUAACAGCAGCCUCUGUGAAGCUGGCCUCCUGGUGCCAUGGGCAGGCAGCAGCUGUGUGCUCUGCUGUGGACACUCACCCUCCAUGCUGGAAAUAAAGGUUCACACAGAACGCUGCGCUGGGACUCUAGCUGCAGCUGGAUUAGGCAUGUGCCAUGUGACAGCAGGCAGGUCCCCUUACAGCUCCAGGCCGGUCUCUUAGCUCUAAAGGGAGGUGUUGGAAGGAAGUCUGAGGGCUGAGCUUCUACUGUGCUGCCCACAACCAGCCUCUGGAGGCCUGACCAAUAGCCAGGGACUGAGGCUCUGGGCUUCAGUGGUCUGUCCAGCUUGAGACGCUGCAAGCUAUCCCUCUGUGUGGGGAGGAGUCUGGCCUCUGAGUCCUAUUCAUCCUUCUGUUUAUGAGGAGGGAACCACAAAAUCAUUUGUAAGUUGAUAGAGAAAUCGGAGCCAGAACCUUUGUUUGGGGAGGAAGAGGAGUUUAUCUGGCAACAAGGUUGGCCAGAGCCACCUUCCCUAGGAAGUCAGAUGGGAUAAACCAUGGGUUUCUUCCUUGCCCAACUCCCAAGGGAGCUGGGAGCUCUGUGAAACAGGAGGACAUGGACUUGGUCUGUUUCCUGCCUGGAUCUCCCUGCCUCCCUUCAGCACAGGCUCAGGUGCCCUGCUACCUGCUGGUGGAUCCCAGGCUCAGAAUUACGGUCACGUCCAUGGGCCUCCCCUGACUCCCCUCCCUACACACAGCACAGGAAAGAAAGCCUCCGGUAGAGCAGGGGAGAAGGGAGACAUGGAACCAGUGACCUGAUGUUUUACAUUCAGUUGGACACAGAAAACCUGCUGCAGACGUGGCUCCACGCGGCCUGCUGUCCCCGCACUGCAAGAAGACAUGUGCUCUCUGCUCUGUGCAAAGUGCC